UUCCUCCGAGACAGCCUCAGGGGCCCAGGCUGCCGAAGUUUGAAGAGCCCCAAACAAAGUGACCAGAUCCAACUCGAAAGGCCGGUUUCUCGCGCCAGUCCAAAGAAAUUACGACAGAGUGCAACAUGGACCUGGAUAGCAAACGGCUGGUGGUGGUGGUGCCAAAUGAAAUGUCGGUGGCCCCCCGCAGAGUGUUCGGCAGCGAGGAUGAGGCGUGGAAGAACUACCUGGAAAACCCGCUGAUCGCCGCCACCAAGGCCAUGAUGAGCAUCAAUGGAGAUGAGGACAGUGUGGCAGCUCUGGGGCUGCUGUAUGACUACUACAAGGUUCCUAGAGAGAGAAAGCGCUCGUCCGGCGGUGUCCCGCCCCCGGACCCUUCCAACGCCUACGGCGGCCCGGACGUCCUGGAUCACCACAGCCAGGCCCUGAGAUCCAUGCCGGUGAACCUCUCCCUGAACGGCUCCGCGGCGGAACACCACGGCUCCAAGCGUGCCGCUGCCGCCGUCGCCUCGGAUACCAGAGGAGGAGACGGUAGAGGCGGCGGCUGUGCGCCUCUCGCCCUGGUGAAAACGGAGAGCCAGGCGUCCACUCCAGUUUUAAGCUCCCACCUGGAGGAACCCAGAGAGCAGCAGAGGAUGCUUUAUGAGCCGAGCUGCUACCACUUAUCGCUCUCUGGGUACCAAAAGGACGAGCAGAGCAGCCCUCCGGACAGCACGUAUGAGGAACGGCUGGAGGAAGAGAUUUAUCACAGAAGUCGAUCUUCACGAGUCGACACGUCCCUCCAUCAACUACCAAUUGACUGCUUCUCCUACAGCCUGGAGGCCAACAUGUCGCUGCGGCCGCGCCAAGGGGAGGGCCCCAUGGCCUACCUGAACCGGGGCCAGUUCUACGCCUUGUCUCUGUCCGACAGCGGCUACAGGUCGGCCCACUGUCAGCCCAGGGGCCCGGCGUCCAGCGGCGAGCGGCGCGCCUCUCUGAGAGGCUCCGACCUGCAGCGGGACACCGUGGUGCAGAGUGUGAUCAUGGUGGUGUUUGGGGAAGACAAGUCCAGAGACGACCAGCUAAAGAACUGGAAGUACUGGCAUUCCAGACAACAUACUGCAAAGCAAAGGGUACUGGAUAUUGCCGACUACAAGGAGAGCUUCAGCACCAUUGGGAACGUGGAGGAAAUCGCCUACAACGCCGUGUCUUUCACCUGGGACGUGAGCGAAGAAGCCAAGGUCUUUAUCUCUGUCAACUGUCUGAGCACAGACUUCUCGUCUCAGAAGGGAGUGAAGGGCAUGCCUCUGAUAAUCCAGAUCGACACCUACAGCUACAACAGCUGCAGCAGCCGGCCCGUCCACAGGGCCUUCGCUCAGAUCAAGGUCUUCUGUGACAAGGGAGCUGAGAGGAAGCUACGCGAUGAGGAGAAGAAGCAACUAAGGAGGAGGAUAAAAGGAAAGAGCAGCAGCUUGGGGCCGAGCUCCCCCAUCAGGAGGGCAGAAAGCACGCUGUUCAAAAGCAUACUGGACCUGGACUCCCAGCCGGUCCUGUUCAUCCCUGAUGUCCACUUCGGGAACCUGCAGAGAGCGGGGCAGGUGUUUGCCGUCAGCACUGAUGAGGUUCUCGUGGAGAGAGGGCAGCCUAACAAGACCAUGUCGAGUCAGGAAGAGAUCUGCCCACCGCAGCCCAAGAAGUCCAGAGUGGAGCCUGAACGGAAAGUUCUGCUGUAUGUGAGGAAGGAGUGUGAUGAGGUGUUUGAUGCCUUAAUGCUGCACGCCCCAACCCUCAGAGCGCUGAGGGAGGCGAUUUCUGAGAAGUACACAGUGCCUGUUGAGAAGAUCGCCAAAGUUUAUCAGAAAAGCAAAAAAGGGGUCCUGGUGAACAUGGACAACAACAUCAUCCAGCACUACUCCAACGAGGACACCUUCAUCCUCGCCCUGGAGAGCUCAGCCGACUCGUUUCACGUCACCCUGUCAGAAAUCUGACCUCCGUCAGCCUCAGCGCCGGAUUCAGUCAUUACAUUAUACGGACAGAGAAGAUGCCUGCUGAGUGAGGCAACAGAACUGGGUAGAUACUCACAAGCAUCACAGGUAACCGUUAAGAACGGCACCAAACAGGGUUCCUUGAAUGCCACGCGGCAGCCUGGUUAAGAGGAGAUUUUUUUUUUUUAUACAAAGAGCCGAAAUGUGUGACAGUUUAUGAAUGUUACGUUGUAGCAGUCGCUUUCUGCUACAAGGUUGUUUUUUUUUUAUUCCGUUGUAGCUGAUAAUAUUCCAGAUCUACAUAAAGCAACAUGCUGGUUUGCUGAGGUUCCACAGGAUGAACACAAUCAACAGCAGUGAGGUCUGCUGUCAGCGCCUCGUCUGCUUCCUGUCUCAGCCAAAAGUUGUGCAGGUUGUGCAUUACUCAUGUUUCAGGCAGAUUUUCUUUGUUUGCAGCUGUACAUGAUGCCUCUAGAAAGUAAUUUUUAUGUUUUUCUUUUGUUUAGUUUUUUUUUUUACUCUGAAUUUUUUCAGAUUGUUGACCUGCAUUUUUCUUUUUUUUUUUUUUUUUUUUUUUGGUAUGUCAAAAGUUUGCAUGUGAGUUGUAAAUAGAUGUUUGAGAAUUUUAAAAUGACAUGAUAUCAGUAUAGUGUUUUUUCUGGGUUCUUUCCAACAUUAUUUAUGAUAUUUGCUCCAAACUGAAGAGGUUUAUACAAUUUUCUGAGAUUUCAGAUCACACCUUUACUUUCCUCUACUUUUAACCAUACUGAAAAUGAUAUUGAGUGUCAACUUCUGUAUCAUUCUGUCUUUGGCACCAUGAUGUAUGCUCUUAUUCAUGAAUCAUUAAAUAUAGUUUUAUACGCAGAA